AUUCAACUUCCCUUAAACUGCGAUACCAAAUCCUAUACGUCUUCUGUAAGGAUUUUCUGACGACGAUUCCGUCCAUUGUUCCAUCCAAGUUUGGUAAGACAGGGAUCCGUAUGAGAUUACAAGCACAGUGAAAUCACGUGCGAUUUUCGCUCCUGAGCCGCUCUUCCUUGAAUUCUUGCCUGACAUUCACCGCCUCUUCCUUUGUCGGUCAUCGUUCUACCACCGCCAACCGGCCAAUGCCACUCGAUGAUUUCGACAUCUUUACUGAAGAAUUUUGGAAGCCUGCCUCCCUGGAAGGGGUAAAAUUCGUUUGAAAAUCCGGCUAUAUAACGGUCCCGUGGAUCAAGAUCGAAUCAGUAUUGUGAUCUAGCUCAUCUCACAACACUUGUAUCAUCUUCGACAAUCCAAAGAAGUUCCAUACCAAAAUAACCGAUCAUGAAACUGUUCAUUGCUUUCGCUCUUGUCGUUGUCGUUGUCUAUGCAGCACCUCAAGGACGUCAAGAAGAAGUAGUACUCGUCAAAGAAACACCCUCAGAUAAUAUUGGCUUAGGUGGCUAUAGAUAUGCCUACGAACUUUCCAACGGUCAAUCUCAUCAGGAAGUAGCGGAAUUAGUUAACGAAGGAACUGAAAAUGAAGCUUUAACUGUUCGAGGCAGUUAUAGUUGGGUGGAACCACAAAGUAAUACAGUAUAUACUGUAAACUACGUGGCUGACGAGAAUGGUUUCCAUCCUGUGGGUGAACAUCUCCCUGCUUAAUUGUACUAUUUUUAGUUUUAAAUAAAUUUUAUAAAUUUCUUUAA